AUGACCAUCUGUCAGCUAUCUCGGAUGCACAAUAGAAAAAAGCGCCAAAGAUCUCUAUAUGGGGUGAAGAAGAAGCUUCUUAAAGUGGUUGUCGAUCAAAUUCGUGAGCACAGCAAGAAGGACUCGACGAUAAGUAAUAUUCGGACGGAAACUCUCUUCCACUACGGCCGACGUGUCAUGCCUAAUAGACGUCUCUUUGCUGAUAUCCUCCCGAGGAAAGAUUCGCUUCGUGAAACUGAUGAUCGUCAGGCACUCCGAGCUCUCGAAUCAAUCUGUUUAGAGGAUUCACCGAUUGCGUAUCGCGAGCCCCUUAAGCCAUUAGGAGGGAAAUGUCACUGUGGAGCCCUAAUCAAGGAACAAUGGCUUCACCUUUAUCGAUGCAAUAAAUCCCACUACCGUUGCCAUAGCAAGCUAGAAUUUACGGAAAUGUGUUUCGAAUGUGACACUUGGUUCACAGACCCGGGAGAAUGGGAGUUUCAUUGUUCUGAGCAUUUGCAGCUACCAGACACGCUUCUUCGCUGUGAUCCACUUAUGUUUCGCAAUGCUCCUAUUAAAGCAGGACUUUGUCCCUUUUGUCUUGGAAAUAAGCAUCUAGGUCUAUCAAAAAGAAUGACCCAAUAUGCCACAAGCCGCUCUGAAUGGUAUGCUCAUAUUCAAUCUCAUGUUAUAGGAUUGACAAGAUUUGAAUGCAAGCACCCCGCUUGUCAACUAAAUCUCAAGAGUCAAGAGCUUCUAAUUCAUCAUCUUAUGGACGCUCAUUGCUGGACCCUGGGAAAAGCAUCAUCCAAGAAAAGAAAGCAUGAUUCAUGUACGUAA